UUUGAGGACCUGGCUACCAUUUUCGGUAAAAAUUACAAGAAUUACGAAAAGUGAGGCCAGGAGGAAAUUUGCUGGUAAGCUUGGGAAUGGAGGCCAAGGGAGAAAUUAACCAGAGAGAAACGAGGAUUAAAAGAAAGGAGAUGCUGGAAAAGAGGAAAUCAAUUGAUGAAAUAAUGAAAACUGCUGUCUCAGAAAAAGACUGUCUCUCUCAGUUCCCGCAAUUUCGCCAUUAUCAAAGGAAUGGCUUGUUCGUACACUUGGAGUCUGGACGUGGAGAUAAGCUAUCCUCCGAUACAAAAAAAUGCAUUCAAAACCUUCUUAAGUUAAAUAUGGAGGCUCCUUAUGGACCCGAGUGGCCAGCAGAGGAAAAGGUGAAACGGAGGGAAAUGGUAGCUUCAGAAGCUCGCUAUAUAUUUGUGCAUGAAAUUCCAAAUGAAGAUGCUAUCAAAGAGUCUGAGUCGGUGGACAAGGAAAGGAAAUUUACUUGUUACCCAAUUGUUGGUUUUGUACAUUACAGAUUCAUCCUAGAGGAAGAAGUACCUGUACUUUAUGUUUAUGAGUUACAACUUGAACCUCACGUUCAAGGGAAGGGAUUAGGAAAAUUCUUAAUGCAAUUAAUCGAGUUUAUUGCUCGCAAGAAUAAAAUGGGAGCCGUGGUGCUAACUGUUCAAAAAGCAAAUUUGGUAGCUAUGGACUUUUACUUGCAUAAACUAAAGUACACUGUAUCUGCAAUUUCACCAUCAAGAGUUGAUCCGUUGUUAGGACUAGAGAAGAGCUAUGAGAUUCUUUGUAAAGCAUUUUACCAUGAAGCUCAAGUAGUGUUGGAGUCAUUACUAAACUGACAAAGGAGGGCACCUUAAGGAAGAAAGCUGAAGUGAAGGAAGAUAAUUAUGCUCUUGAAAUUGGCUCCUUCAAUCCUAUGCAAGUGGGUUUCAUAUACAUAUAGGCUUGCACCAUUUUCACCUACCACUCAUCUAGUCUGAAAAUCGGUCUCAUUUGUGCAACUUUUAUUAUAUGUUAUAUUAACUGUCAAUAUAAUUUACUUUUUGAUUUUAUCCAUCAUUACAACAAAGCCUAUGAUAACUGUCAUGUGGAUGUCUGCAAUAGAUCUUUUAUUUGCUAGAUAAUAAUUGUGGAUCUGCUAGUCUAUGAUUUUUGAGAUGACAUGAGUUACUAAAUGCAAUAUCGGGAUUAUACUCAUUACAUAUUUGAGCAUAUGAACAUGGAGUACUGUGACUAUAGAUAUGAUAUACUGGCUUGAGCUUUGAUCACGUCAACUAAAGAGAAAUGAA